GACGGUCGGAUCCGGAGGACGAUCGGAUCCGGAUGUCAAAGUUCGCCGGUUUAGGAAGCCGGCUUCCGGAGUCUCCUUUUUGCUACCGGGUCUCUGCGGCGUGGGCUACCUGCGGGGAUGAGGCAGAAGCACUACCUUGAGGCCGCGGCAGGGAAACUACAAGAUAGCUGCCCGGGCCAGGCCCGCUACCUCCUCUGGGCCUACAGCUCGUCACACGAUGAUAAAAGCACUUUUGAAGGAACAUGUCCAUACUGUUUCCAGUUGCUUGUUCAGGAUAAAUCUCGAGUGCGCCUCAAACCCAAGCCCAAACUGACACCCAAAAUACAGAAACUUCUUAAUCGAGAAGCAAGAAAUUAUACACUCAGUUUUAAAGAAGCAAAAAUUCUGAAAAAGUACAAAGACUCCAAAAGUGUGCUGUUGAUUACUUGUAAAACGUGCAACAGAACAGUUAAACAUCAUGGAAAAAGCAGAAGCUUUCUGUCAGCACUGAAGAGCAAUCCUACCACUCCUACGAGUAAACUCAGCCUGAAGACCCCAGAGAGAAAGACUCCAAGUUCUGCAAACCUAAAUCACAUGUCUGGUUCCAAAGGCAAGAGCCCAGCAUUGAUUUUCAGAACACCUACAUCUGGACAGUCAACACCCAUUUGUUCCUCAAAGAAUGUGAGCAAAACAAAGAAACACUUCUCUCAACUAAAAAUGUUGCUUAGUCAGAGUGAAUCCAAAAAAAAUCCAAAGAUGGACUUUAGAAAUUUCUUAUCUUCUUUGUAAAGGAUGGACUAUGAAAAUAAAUGUUUAAUGCAAUUUCUGAAACUAAAGUUAGAAAAACUGCUUUUUUAAAAACUUGUUUAUUCUUAAAAUAAAUGGAAACUCAGGUCCAAGAGCAAA